AUGUUCAAUUUAUUCUCUUGUGAUUUGUCAGGCCAGUUUUGUCAGAAUCUUGUGGAAAUAACAGAUACAUAUUUAACCAAAAAAGGAUGCAUCGAUGGUAUCACAAUUGAGAAUGGAAAAAUAAGUUGGAUGCAAACUGCUAUAGGCACAAUUUUCAGUGGGCAGUUGGAAGUUCCUAAUGAUGAUGUUGAAAGCCAUGACUAUACUAAUACAAAUGACAGCGAGUAUGAGGGUACUCUUGAUGAUAACAAAAUUUUGACCGAACAUAUCAAAAACGUUCACGUUAUUAGACAAUCUCCAUAUCUUCUUGGUUUCACCUACCUUCGUAACCGUCUGAUAUGGAUUGAUCAGAAUCGUCUGCAUGUUGCCUCUGAUGAUUCCACACCUGAUGAUUUCGUCAAAACCAUCUUAAUAAAUGAUAACGUUAAAUUUGUUUCGAUGAUAACAGCUAAUAUUUCUAAAAAAAACCACAACAGUCUCUGCUCCUCAAAAAAACCAUUUUGCAGUGACGUUUGUGUAACGUCCUAUAGAGGCAAACGACGUUGCUUAUGUCCUCAAGGUUAUGUUUUGCGGUAUGGAUAUUUGUGCAUUAAAGAUCGUGCUCCAUGUUUUUUCCGCCAAAAUGGUCUUUGGAAACCAGUUUGUAGUGACGUGUGCCAUCAAGUUAAUAAAAAACACUUCAAUUGUUCAUGCAAUCCCGGAAGAACUUUAUUAGCUGACAGAAAGACGUGUACAGGUGAUUUUUACAGUCCGUCAGUAUAUUUAGGAAGCAGUCAAGCUCUGAUCCGGGUUUCAGUUGAUAAUGAAUUGGAAAAAUGCGAAAAAAUUGAGAACAUACAGUUCAAUGAGUUGACAUCUAUGACGUUUGAUCCAAUCACGUUUUCUAUUUUUUUUUCUGAUCGCGCUCAAAAUAAAAUUUCAAAUGGUCCAAAUGAUUCUUCUAAUGUUAUUGACCGUUAUAAUUUCAAACCCUAUAACAACGAUGACAACUAUGAUAGUUCUGUAUACAAAGAAGCAAAUUAUGAGAUUGGAUUGAUACAUCUUGAAACAUCAAUAAAGUAA